GCCACCGGUGGUAUUUCUAUAGAGGUCGUCGAUUCACCCAGCAGCUGCGCGCCCGUCGCGCUGUGCAGUGAAUGGCUUGCGCGAAACACGUCAUCGGAGUGCGAGCGCUGCUGAUCCAAGAUUCGGUCUUUUCCACAGAGAGAGAGAGAGAGAGAGAGAGAGAGAGAGAGAGAGAGAGAGAGAGAGAGAGAGAGAGAGAGAGCGUCCUAGAAUCUCGAAUCACCAAUGGGCAAAGCGAGCGACGACUUCGUUGGGACGAGGCAUACAAAUUCAACGGCUACAAGACACCGCUGCCAUGCGCAUGACCGCGCUCGCAAAUUAAUCGCAAGCAAGUCGACACUUUGGCCCCCUCUCAAAGCAUGCACCAUUUUGCGAUUGCCGCCGCGUCGCGGGUCGCGGGAGGGCCGGUCCCGCUCAAGUCAACGAAG